AUGGCGAACAGAGGAUACGAUGUCGUAGUUGACGUGGACGCAGAGGGCGACCUCGGCCACACCGACCUGCAAGAGGACCUCGAAUUCCACCCCUCAAACUUUGAAAGCGACCAAAGAACCGCCAAAGCCCAAGGCGACAACGCCCCGUUCCUGGGCGGCGGCAGCUCAUCGCGCGGCCGAGACCGGUCCCCUGGCGGCACGCCAACCAAGCACAGCUGGUGGUCGAUGCACUACUACGAGCGAUUCUUCGACGUGGACACGAACGAGGUCUUCCGACGCUGUGUGGCAACCCUGUACCCGCGCACCAAUUUCCUCGAUGUGCUGGAGGGCAAUGCAGACUUGUACGGGCCGAUCUGGAUCGCGACUACCGUGGUGGUGAUUCUCUUCUUGACGGGAACAAUCUCGCAGUGGUUGUCGAAUAAUGACGACAAGCAUUUCGAGUAUGACUUUACGCUCUUGUCUGGUGCUGCUGGGUUGAUUUACGGGUACACUGGUAUCUUGCCCAUUGCGCUUUGGGGUGCGCUGCGCUGGUUUGGGAGCUCUACUGCUGAUCUUGUUGAGUGCUGGGCUCUUUAUGGGUACUCUAAUCUUGUUUGGAUCGGUGUUGCGCUGGUUAGUUGGAGUCCGUUGACUGCGCUGAACUGGGCGCUUGUUGGCGUUGGGUUUGCUUGGACUGUUUUCUUCUUGUUGAGGAAUCUUUACCCUGUGCUUAAUGCUACCGAUGCAAAGGCCAGCAAGAUUCUUUUGGUCUUGGUUGUUGUUUUGCAUGCUGGUUUGGCUAUUGCUAUCAAGGUGCUUUUCUUUGCGUGA